CUUCCCGGAUAGGUUGGAAUGGUCCUGUCCUGUCCAAUGAGAACACAAGUGAUAUUUUUUAUUCUCAGUCGGUUGGCGACGUUGUUAGUCUGUGCUACGAGUUCGUUUGCUUACUAGCUAACUAACUUAACAGUUUGUAUUUUUCUCUAGCUACUUAAUCAAAAACCCUAGGUACUUUCGUUGGCAAAACUUGCACUAGCUAAGACGAUGGCCACUGACAAGGAGAAUCUGAACCUCACUGCCAAUGAUCUCUGGGAUCACACACAUGAUCCUGCUUUGAAGCAGAAAGCACGGAAUCUGCCCCCUGGCUCUGUGGAGCAAAGAAGUCCCCUAAGAGACACCAGCAGCGUCAAUCAGUCCCAUUCCACCAAUGUCAGGCCUAUUGAUGCUAAAUUAAGCAACCAGUUUGCAGGGAAGUUCCCAUUCAUUCAGUCUGAAAGCAGCCAAGAGAUGACCAGUCAGACAGAUCAACUGAAUUGUCCACAACCAUCCACCAUGAGUGCCCCCGGGCCAAAUACAGAUGGCCCCUGUAUGUCGCUCCAUAUGGAGACUCUGCCAGACUAUAGUGUUAUAAGUGGAGAAACUUCACCUCUUUCAGACAGCUGUCAUUCAUCUACCCCAUCACAGCACAGUGGUAUCAGUGGGGAGCCCAGAGCCAAGCGGUGGUCCUCUAACCCAACAACCAUGCUCACCCCUAUUUUAAAACACAUCCAUCUGGGAUUCAACGGGCAGAAGUCCUACUCCCCAAUUUUGAGUCCCAUGCAUGCCUCAAAGACCUGGAUGAUUCAAGAUGAAACUUUACCAAACUGCACUGGAGAAAGUUUCUUUGAGGACACUAUAGACUCCUGCGUUUUGCCUGUGGUGGAGCCCACCGUUGGCAGCACAACAAUGGACUUGUCACACACACCUCCAGGGACUCGUGUUUCUAUGGAAGAGAGUUUCAAUACACCAGAGGAUGGACAUAAAGAUUUGCAAAGGGGCUCUAAUUUGAGUCUCAGUUUGCAGGGAAGUCCUGCACCAAACGCUCUCAGGGAGACUAUAUCAAUCAAUGGCUCUAGCUGUUCCAGCGCUUCCCUGGAGGGCACGCAUGACGUAUCUGCAUUAGAGGGCAACAAAGAAAGUCUGCAUUCCUUAGAACAUAAGGUACAGAACCUGACUACCAAGGUUCCUGUGUCUGCUGUUGUCCAAAAUUCAAGUGUUGCCUCUGACUGUCUCACAGAUGCUAAUGUCACCCACGUAAUUUGCCCUGAUGGUGAGGUGCCUGCGUCCUGUACAGUGCCAUUGUCCUCGUCAACAUCUGGUGCUUUGUUUGACUCGGAGUGUGAUGACAAGAUGGUGAACUCUAACAAUGGCACCUUUGAACUUCUGGUUGAACCAACACUGGAGCCCAAAACUGGGACCAACUCCACUAUGGUCCUUCCCGAGCCCAAUGUCACAACUACUGCGCUGGAGUCUGUGGAGAUCAGUAGGCCCCUGAAUGUUACUUUUGAAGCUUGCCCUCCUAUGAAGUUCAAUGCAACCACUGAGCAAGAGACCUGUGAUGGUACCACACAACCUCUGAACAAUACUUUUCAAACUGACCCUUGUUUGAAGCUCAAUGCAACCACUGAGCAAGUGACCAGUGUUGGCAAUGCACACCCUCUGAGCAACAAUUUUCAAACUGACCCCGAACCAACAAAAAGCUCUGAAGUCGAUGUCAGUGAACACACGGUACAAUCCCAACCAGGCCCGUCUGGGAGAGAUCGGUGCUCUGACAGUCUUUGUAAUCAAAGUGUUGAUUUGGAGAACAAAAUAAGUGACACCUUCACCUUGGACAACACCCUUGAGUUGGAUCCCAACUUGCUGGUCACAUCCACUCCCAUGGUUACGUCUAAGGCUUUUAGGAAACCAGAGAGACCCUCGGAUGUGCGGAAAAGGUUAUCUCCGGGCUUCCUGCCAAAACCAGCCAAACCACCAGCUAUCUCUAAACUUGUCACUAAUAGGAAGACGUUCCUUCAGCCCCCGAGUGUCACCUCCAAUCCCAAAUCACUGCUACCCCCACCGAGAUCUGUGUCCCAGCUUCCGUCGCUGACUGGCCUGCCAAAGACCAAGCCAGCCCCUGUGGCUUUAGCCCCCUCGAAGCCAUCCUCCUCUGCCAUACCCAGCACCAGACGAAAAACACUAGCAGAUGCCUCGGGACAUGCUGCAGUCACUGUUUCUCAGCAGGCCUCAACAGAUAAUACUUCCAGUAGUAGGCGUAGCACAAUUCCAGCAUCCAAGCUGACAAGCACUGGCCUGAGGAAACCUCAAUUCUCUGGCACUCAGAGAUCCAUACCAAGCCUCAGGACUCCUGCAGUAAGAGCUAUGGCAACACGCUCCACUGAAAACCCCAGCCUCUCUGCAGGUGUAAAUGGAAGGAGUUUACAAGCACCCAACCAAGGCCAGAAGCACUUGUCAACCAGCAGUGAUGCUUUUCCAGUAGCAAAGAGGAAAAAACAGGAUGGCCCAUCUCUGUCUACUAGCAGUGAGGCUCGAACAUGCUCCGCAGAGCCAGCUAGAGGUGCUAGGUGCUUUAAGAAGCCUGCAGCCAACUUGAAGACUGUACCAGCAAAGAAACUGAUCCCUGGGUGUGCAAACUGUGUGCUACUUCAGCAAGAACUGGAGACGUGUCGUCAAGAAAAUGAGAGACUGCAAACAGAGCUACGUAAUCGUGACGGGAUGGAUUUGUAAACGAAGACACAAAUGGAAUGGAUUGGAUUGCACAGAUGAAUGGAAUAAGUAACUGAUUUUAAUAUGAAAAAUUGUGGAGAUAAUUUUUGGUUAAGAUUUAAUAAAGUUUUGAUAUGCCUA